GUAUUUUGUUAAACCUGUGGGUUUCCCCAGUGAAGCUGCUGAGGUUAGAAAUGGAAAAUAACCAGAGAUACAAAAUCUCAAAACCAACUGAAGCUCAAGAAAGAAACAGUUUGACACACUGGCUUCUUGAGGAGCUACAAGAGCAACAAACUCACCUGUAACAAAACAAGUCUGUGAAACCUAUUAGAUAGGAUGUCUGCACUUCUAGUGACAGAAAACCCUGCAGUGUGCAGAGGGAGAAGAUGAAGCAUUCCUCCUCGUGUUGCUCUGCUCCUGGACUCAGAUCUUUUUAUUUCCACUGUUUUUGAUGGAGAAAUAAUUGACCUUUUAAAGUGACGCAGUUUAAGAGCUGCUGAAUGGAUUCCUGCAGCCUGACAGACAUGAGCUGAGAUGAAUCUCUUGCCGACUGUUUGGAGAUGUUCGACCAUGUUUCUCAUUUUUUCCAUUCAGGGUUGCCCCCUGCUCCCUGCUGACUGUCAGCACUUCAUCCCCCUCGGCAGCCUGACCAUAGAACCAGCCCCAGUCUUUCUGCUGGGCUCCAACCUGACGGUGUACUGCCACAUCACUGACUGUGAAUGGAGCUACAAAAUCUAUCUGGAGCUGAACAGGAGGAAUGUGAGUCCAUCCAUAAGGGUCAACUGCACCACAGAAAUGUUCCUCCUGCCUCACAUCUGGGCGCCUCGGUCCUCAGUUGUCUGCAAGAUGCAGCGCAGUCAGAAGUCAGCUUUGAGGAUUGUGAAUGGAAACGAUCUGCGUGCCGGCCUGAUACCAGAGACCCCUCAUAUCAUUCAGAUAAGUUUUGGAAACAGUUCUACGUUUGCCACUGUGCGCUGGAAAACCAAUGAGCCUUCAGUGCAUCUCAGACCCCAAAUCAGGCUCCGUGCAAACAACAGCUCCUGGGAACUGAGAGACAGAUCAGAGCUCAAUGAGGGACUAAUGCAGUUGGACCACUUAAGACCCCUGACUGGAUAUGAACUUCAGAUCAGAACAUGCGAGUUACCAUCAAGACUGACCCCAAAAACCACAUCCAGCUCCAUGUGGACUUCUAAACCUGUCUGCAGCAAAUGGAGCCCGUCUGUGAGGAAGAUGAGUCCUGGAAAAAGUCCGUCUCAGGAGCCCCAUGUGUGGAGGAUCUUAGCAGACAGGACCUCUGAUGGGCUGAGAAAUGUUACUGUUAUAUGGAAGCCUCUGCCUCCAGACGAUUACAGUGGUGAACUGCUGCAGUACAACAUUCUUCUGGAUGACGGUCAUGAGGAGGUGUGUGCCGCUGCUUCCAGUCUGUGUGUGGUUCAGGUACCAGCAGGUGUUCAGGCACUGAGAGUCAGUGCAGUAACUUCAUAUGGGACGUCUCCUCCUGCUAAUUUGGAUCUCAGACAUACAGGUGUUUCAGUGCCUAUCCUGCAAGAAUUGACUCCUGUAGAUAAUGGCAGCUCUUUAUUUGUAACAUGGUCUUCAACAUUUGGAGAAGAAGUGCUGCACUUUGUGAUCCAGUGGGAGAAUGAACCUGAGAGAAGGCUGCAGUGGAUAAUGCUGGGCAAAGACCAAAGAAAUGCAUCAAUCUCAGGUUUGAGUGCAGGAGUGAUGUAUUACGUCUCUCUUUAUGCUGUGACCACCAGAGGCAUCAGUGACCCAUCAUCCAAGCUGAUCUACUCCAAAGAAGAGA